AGGAAUCAUAUGAUCUUUCAUGUUUUGUUCUGUCUUUGGAUUGAUUAUUAUCGAACGAAAGACAUCUUUUCCAAUAGCAGAACUAAGAACACGGAGUGGUUUUAAAUUAAAAUGAAAGGUUCCAUUUUUAAUAUUGAUGCUGGAUACUUGGAGGGAUUGUGCCGCGGUUUUAAGUGCGGUAUCCUCAAACAAUCUGAUUACUUGAAUUUGGUGCAAUGUGAAACAUUAGAAGAUUUGAAACUUCACCUGCAAGGCACAGAUUAUGGAACAUUCCUAGCUAAUGAGCCGAGUCCUCUUUCAGUGUCUACCAUUGAUGAUAAACUUCGAGAGAAACUUGUCAUUGAAUUUCAACAUCUUAGAAACCAUUCCGUGGAACCACUAUCAACUUUUUUGGAUUUUAUUACAUACAGUUACAUGAUUGAUAACAUAAUUUUGCUGAUAACAGGCACUCUGCAUCAAAGACCUAUUUCGGAGUUGAUUCCAAAAUGUCAUCCUUUGGGUUCAUUUGAACAAAUGGAGGCUAUUCAUGUAGCUGCUACUCCAGCUGAACUGUAUAAUGCAGUGCUGGUAGACACACCCUUGGCUCCAUUCUUUGUUGAUUGCAUUAGUGAGCAAGACCUGGAUGAGAUGAACAUUGAGAUUAUUCGUAACACCUUGUAUAAGGCGUAUCUAGAAGCUUUUUAUGAAUUCUGCAAGCAGAUUGGGGGAACUACUGCUGAUGUGAUGUGUGAAAUAUUAGCUUUUGAAGCAGACCGCCGGGCUAUUAUUAUCACCAUAAAUUCUUUUGGUACUGAACUCUCAAAGGACGAUCGCGCCAAGCUUUACCCCCGUUGUGGCAAACUUAAUCCAGAUGGAUUAGCAGCUUUGGCCAGGGCCGAUGAUUAUGAGCAAGUAAAGGCAGUUGCUGAAUAUUAUGCAGAAUAUUCUGCACUAUUUGAAGGUGCUGGUAACAAUGUUGGUGAUAAGACAUUGGAAGACAAAUUCUUUGAACAUGAGGUCAGCCUAAAUGUGCAUGCAUUUCUGCAGCAAUUCCACUUUGGAGUAUUUUAUUCAUACCUCAAACUGAAAGAACAAGAAUGCAGGAAUAUUGUGUGGAUAAGUGAGUGUGUUGCUCAGAAGCAUCGGGCUAAGAUUGAUAAUUACAUUCCUAUUUUCUAAACAUUAUUAACAACAUUACAAAGACAUACUAUUGGCAUAACUUUGUUCAAUAAUAAAUAUAUUAUGAUUUUCAUAGUGAUUAUUAUGUAAUCCAUGCAGUGUUAUCCCAUUACAUCACUGAAUACAGAUAAUUUAUAAUAUCUUAAUGUUAUUA